UUCGAUUGAUGUGUUUUCUACCCGUAUUUUUGUGAAUCCCCGCCUUCUGGUGUAGGAUUGGCUAGUGCUAAGUAGUUUUAUGCGCUCCGAUUGGCCAAUAGUUUAUGCGCGCAACCAUCCUGGGCUUCGGUCCAAUCCUAACGUGGGAGGCGGGGUUUGGUAAAUAUGGGUGUGAAAGGAAAACGCUGUUAAUUCUGGAAGAAACCUGACCAGCCAACUUAAAACAUACAACCGAACUUAUUAUUUCUUAUAUAUUUAAAUCUGUACGCUAGUUUGUCUCAUACUGACAGUUAAUUUAUUGUAGUACCCAUAUUACAACUAUAAAGUCCUGUUAGCUAAAUGGAGAAACAUGAUAAUUUGUAGAAAGAGUAACUAAUUAGCAUUUGUAAGCUAGCUAACAGCCGGGACUGGGAGACGUGCAGGUUUCACUGGUGAGACGACGGCAGCAGAAUGACGGAGUAUAAGCUGGUGGUGGUGGGAGCAGGUGGUGUAGGGAAGAGUGCGCUUACCAUCCAGCUCAUCCAGAAUCACUUUGUGGAUGAAUAUGACCCCACCAUAGAGGACUCAUACAGGAAGCAGGUGGUGAUUGACGGGGAGACGUGUUUGCUGGACAUCCUGGAUACAGCAGGACAGGAGGAGUACAGCGCCAUGAGGGACCAGUACAUGAGGACUGGCGAAGGCUUCCUCUGUGUGUUCGCCAUCAACAACACCAAGUCUUUCGCAGAUGUGCAUUUGUACAGGGAGCAGAUCAAGCGAGUAAAGGACUCUGAUGACGUGCCCAUGGUCCUGGUAGGAAACAAAUGUGAUUUGGCCAGAACCGUCGACACCAAGCAGGCUCAGGAACUAGCCAGGAGUUAUGGCAUUGAAUUUGUAGAAACUUCAGCCAAGACUAGACAGGGGGUUGAGGAUGCUUUUUAUACCUUGGUCCGGGAGAUCCGUCAUUAUCGCAUGAAGAAACUCAACAGCAGGGAGGACAGGAAACAGGGUUGUCUCGGAGUCUCCUGUGAAGUCAUGUGAUCAGGAAAAGCACCAACUCUCCAGAGAUUCCUCGCAAGCUCAUUGGCCAGCAGCUGAAAACUUUAUGCCCACUCACUUGUGACUGAAAAGCUUCGUGAAGUGGUCCAAUUGUCCCCCCACCUUUUAAUCAUGUGGCCUGAAAUCGGUCUCAACAGUGGACUUUUUUCUGCAUUGCGCCCCCUGCUGGCUAAAAGGAAUCAUUUCAAACCUGCUCACUGUGUGGACUGUAUCGGCCUGCUGUAAUAGAAAAGGGGCUCGAUAAGAGACGUUUGGCCUCUGCAUUUAUCUUAAGCGAUGAAAUCUUGCAUCUUUCCCUGUUAUAAUUUGUAAGUUCAGUACUCAGGAAUACUGUGAAGGCGAACAUGCCUCUAAUAUAUAUAAUGUGUUUUUUUUUUUUUCUUUUUUUUUCCCCCCCUCCAUUUGCAUACCCAUUUCACAUUCAAAUUUUCUUAUCUGUAUAUUGCUCCUCCCACUUGUAUUAUUUUCCAUCUCAGCUUGUUGUAGCAUCUGUGGUAUCAGUGGCAUUUUAUUCACAAGGGCAUUCAACGUGUUUUAGCCAUGAGUUUGAGCUAGGAACACUCUUCCAGAGAGCAGUGAUUGAGAAAUAGAAAGGCAGCAGUUGCUUCCAGGAGAAAAGAAAUGUGUGUAUGCUGCUGCAGUGUCAGUCUAGACGAGACUCUGUACAAAACACUGGAACAACACCAAAAAAAAUACAAAAAUCAAGGUUAACUUUUUUUUUUUAAACUUGCAUGCCUUAUUCUUUCAUAAGUCAAUCAGAUUUCAUAGAGAAAGGACCUAUGGCUGAUGAUGGCAUCUGUUUCUUUGAGGUUCACGCUUUUCCGUGCCUUUACUCCUCUAUUCUUUGCUUCUUUUGCUCGCUAAUUGACGUUACAGACUGUAUUUAAGGUUUCAGAAUGUUGUGGGCUUGGUAUUCAUCAGUGUUUAGAAAGAAGCAUUUGAGGAAGUUGAGAAAGACUUGCUGUUAUGUGCCCUAAUGCACUCGCUUGCAUUUCUGUUUGUGUUUAAAUUUGGCCAAAAGUAUGCACUGCCUUUAGGAGUUUCCCCACAAGACAUUUUUCUAGGAAUAUGAUCCUCAUUUGUUUUCAGAUCGUGGUGCCAGUAAUGACUUUGUCGUACUACAAAGACUCAACAAUCUCGUCCGAACGUUGCCUGGUGCUAAAACAACAGUUUUAUUCCCAAAAAUGUAUUUCAGCAUGACUUGUUUUCCCAACAUGAAUUUUGUUUUGUUUUUUGUUUACUGGAAUUUUUUUUUCCUCCAUCUUUGCUGAUGCUUGAGCUUUUUAUUCUAUUUUUUUUUCUUUUCAAUCAUGCAUCAUGGCUUUAAUCAACAAAUCUAUAAAUUAACUUUUAUGUCACAACAAUGAGUUGUUUAAAAAAUGUUUC